GCGAAAGUGAAAUGUCCUUCUUGUCUUCUUCUGCUUGUGCUUCUCCUUCUGGAACACUUGGAGGAACUUGCAGUUGCAGAGCUUCUGCGAUCAAUUAAGGUACUUCUGGGAUGGUGUGAAUAGAUGACGAUUGAUAAUAUCUGAGAGAAACUCUGAGCGUUUGUGUUUCGUCUUCUUUAGGAUUGGCUUGUGAAAAUGCCUCAUCGAACGACAUACUUCUUCCCGAGGCAAUUUCCGGUUGAGGGAUACGAUUCUGUUGCGUCCAAGCGGCUGCUCCCCGAUCACGGGAAGAAUAUUCCGCAAGCGACCGUCAAUGUGGAAAAUGGCCAAAAAACGUCCAAGACUGUAAAGGAGGCGUCGAUUGGAAAGAAUCUAACUGUCUCGGAUCUCUUCACGGGCAAAAAGCUUAGUAUUGGUAAGCAGUUCUUGGCUUUUGGUGAUCGGUUGUUGGAAAGGAAGGGGUUAAAACGAUCCAUUCAUGUGAGUUCGAGAUUUGAUGAUGAGGACAGAGAGCCUUUCCUUGAGCCGGAGCAAACGCUGGAGAUGAUCGUCAGCCAUGAACAGAUUCUCGGCCGACAAGCUUCGUCAAGCAGGUUGUCCGGUGAGAGUAGUUACGCCGGAAGCCUACUCUCGGGGAUGACGACGAUGGACGAGAAUGUCCACACCAAUGCUAAGGAUUGGCAACUGUCAACCAGGCGAGAUGAGGACGAAGACGGAAGCAAGGAAAGCUUGGCGCAGAAGUCACGGGAUAGUUACUACUUGCAGCUUACGCUUGCGGUUCGUCUCACCUCGCAGGCAUGUCAGGCUGAUGAACCGGUUCUUACUCGAGGGAGUGCAUCGGAUGCCCGUGCAGGUUCUUCCGAUGUUGAAAUGGUUUCCUAUCGUCUCUGGGUGAGUGGAUGCUUAUCUUAUUCUGAUAAAAUUUCGGAUGGUUUUUAUAACAUUCUGGGGAUGAAUCCAUACCUAUGGUUGAUGUGCAAUGAUUUGGAGGAAGGGAGACGGUUGCCACCUUUACUGUCACUUAAAUCUGUUGAUCCAAGUGAUACAUCGAUGGAGGUGGUACUUGUCGAUAGGCGUGGUGAUUUACGCCUUAUGGAGCUUGAAGCCAAGGCACGAGAACUGUACAAUGCAUCAGCAAAUACAUUAAUGUUGGUUGAGAAGCUUGGCAAACUCGUUGCUAUCUAUAUGGGGGGCCCCUUUCCGGUGGAGCAAGGUGAUCUCCAUAGGCACUGGAAAUUGGUGAGCAAAAGAUUGCAAGAUUAUCAACGGUGUAUUGUGCUCCCCAUUGGCAGUCUAUCUAUGGGACUCUGUCGGCAUCGUGCUAUUCUCUUCAAGAAGUUGGCUGACUGCAUAGGUUUGCCUUGCCGGAUAGCUCGGGGUUGCAAGUAUUGUGCAGCAGAUCAUCGAUCUUCUUGCCUUGUCAAAGUUGGAGAUGAUGAGCAGUCAUCGAGGGAAUAUGUAGUUGAUCUAGUUGGGGAACCUGGAAAUGUUCAUGGUCCAGAUUCCUCGAUUAAUGGAGCUUUACUUUCAUCAAUGCCUUCACCAUUGCAGAUUUCUCUUCCAAAAGGUCUUCAACAACCUUAUAUGGAUAAUGCGUUUUGUAAUCCAAUGCUUAAGACAAAGCAGCCAUGUGCUUUUCCUGAAAAAUCUCUAAAUUCAGCGAACAUGCUUGUGGUUGACGAUGACUGUAGAAGCCGUCCCCUCGCAUGCUUGCCGAAAGAAGUUCAAACAUUGUACAAUCAUGACUUGUUUGCAAGUCCAAUGGCCCCUAUGUGCUUUCCAAUUGAUAAUGCUAGUGGAAGGUUGGAUUCACCAUUGAUGCCUCUGGAGUCCAGAGAUGAUAAGGCCAACUAUUUCAAGACCCCAUCAUUGGCUUCUUUGGAAGGCAACUCAUCAGAAGUUCUGAAUGCUGCUCCAGGAAUGCCAAUGCAUAGGCAUUCCAGCCUUAACAGAGACAAAGAUCUUACAUGUGCAAUUUGUAAAGAAGGUUUGGUUGCAAAACAAAGUCCAGUUAUGUGUGGUUCAAUUGAACAACCCAAAAUACAGUUAUGUAGUCAAACGGAGCUGAGGGAGAUUGAAAGCAAACCUGAGAACCGGGGUGGUUUUGACCAUGGUACCGUGCCAAGAUAUUUGAAUAUUGAGCCUUCCCUUGCAAUGGAUUGGCUUGAGAUCUCUUGGGAUGAAUUACAAAUAAAGGAGCGCAUUGGUGCUGGUUCAUUUGGGACAGUGCAUCGUGCUGAGUGGCAUGGUUCGGAUGUUGCGGUCAAGGUUCUUACUGUCCAGGAUUUUGGUGAUGACCAAUUGAAGGAGUUCCUAAGAGAGGUUGCAAUAAUGAAACGGAUUCGCCAUCCAAAUGUUGUCCUUUUCAUGGGUGCAGUUACAAAGCGUCCACAUCUGUCCAUAGUGACUGAAUAUUUGCCUAGGGGUAGUCUUUACCGCUUUAUACACAGGGCAGCUGCUGGUGAGAUCUUGGAUAAAAGGAGACGGUUACGCAUGGCUCUAGAUGUGGCAAAGGGAAUCAAUUAUCUUCAUUGCCUGAACCCUCCCAUAGUUCACUGGGAUCUUAAAUCCCCAAAUCUCCUUGUUGACAAGAAUUGGACAGUGAAGGUAGGUGAUUUUGGGUUGUCCAGGUUCAAGGCGAACACUUUCAUAUCAUCAAAAUCUGUUGCUGGCACACCUGAGUGGAUGGCUCCAGAGUUCCUUCGAGGAGAGCCCUCAAAUGAGAAGUCUGACGUUUAUAGCUUUGGAGUGAUCUUAUGGGAGCUUACAUCCAUGCAACAACCUUGGAGUGGACUCGGCCCAGCACAGGUGGUUGGAGCUGUGGCUUUUCAGAAUAGAAGACUUGUUAUUCCACCAAAUACCUGCCCUAUGUUGGCAUCACUCAUGGAGUCCUGCUGGGCUGAUGACCCUAAGCAGCGUCCAUCGUUUGCGAAUAUUGUUGAUUCACUGAAGAAGUUGCUCAAGUCACCACCACAGUUAAUACAAAUGGGGACCCAGCAAGGAGUGGUCAAAUGAAGAGCUUCACUGUUUUGCGGAAUUCCCUUUGAAAUUGGUCAUCAUGGGCUAGUUUUGGAGUUCAAGCUGAAGUUGGGAAUCCGACUUAACCAUGGCUACCCUCCAAUCCCGGUGCCUCCUUAACAUUACCAUCUUUCUGUUCCUUGCCCAUGGUUAAGUUGUUGAUUAUUUAGUAAUUUUGCUUUUCUGACCCCAUUUGGAAGUCUUAAAAGUGCUCAAAAACGGAAUCCAGUAACUGUAUAUGCAGAGAUGUUUCUGUAUCUCCUGGGAUUUUUAAGGGGAGAUCAACUUCCACCAGCGCAUGUGGUCUUUUCUGCGUCACAACGACACGAAUGCAACGAUUGGAAUGCCAUGUGAUAUAAUCAGCUGACCCUCUUUUUUACGUCAGAUCUGAAGUACCGACUCAGAUUCUAAUUCUAUUAAUAAGUUCAUUAGCCUGUAAUUGUAUCUGAAGCCGAUUGUAACUGCAGGUGUUUUAGAAGCCAAAUCUGUAUCAUCAAAUGCAAUUAUGCAAGUGAAGUAAUUAAAAAUGUUCC